AUGCUGGUGGUACCUGAUCAUGUGGCCCGGGAGGGCGGAGGCAAGCUGACACGAUAUGCGCCGACGGAAGAAGACGAGACCACACUCAGGGAGCUUCUACUUAGCCUACAGCGACAGGUGAGCGUGAUGAGCAUGAAUCUAUCCGCCAAGUUGGACGACCUGCAGCGUGGGGAUCGUCAGUUGGAGACAACGGUCGCUCUCUGCGAGAUUCGCACACAGCUUCAGGAGUUGACCAAGAGUGUGGAGUCAUGUCAGAGUGAGGUGUCCGAAGUAAAGCGUGACAUGGUGGCUAUCAAGCAGGAGCUGGACACGGUACAGCAGGUGAAGGAAGAAAUCGAGGAGUUGCGAGAGUACGUCGACCGGCUAGAGGAACACUCGCAGAGGAGGAAGCUUCGACUACUUGAGCAG